UACUGCUUGGUCGCAUGCACACGGGUUCAUGUUUAACCCACCCCCCUUUUCUGAUUCUUAUAAUUGUAUACGCGCAGUGCCAACAAAUAAAAGUACGUUUUUGUUCAUGUAACUCGAGUGUGGUACAUCUUCAACUCGCCGAAUCCCAACACUAAAGAACUUUCUAUUUGGGAAAAUAAGCAUAAUCUUUUAUUGUUUUACUCCAUAUAAUUCCUAGUAAUUCUGAUAGCAUAUCAACGUCCCAAAGUAACACAGUUUAACUAUAUGUUAUUUUAUGUACGUUUGUUACAUGCAAAAAUAUUUGUGGAUGAAGAAUAAAUGAGCGCCCCUACACAUACAACGUGGCUGACAGUCACGUAAUCGAUGACCGUUGACAUUAAUGAAACCGACAGCUGUCGCAACUGUAUGCAGUUAAUUAUGUGCGGGAAGUCUUGUUGCUCAGAGAGCUACAGUGCGGUAAUACGUAUUUUCCUCUCUUUCUGAGUGUAUUGUGAACGUAAUGCGCAUCCGUUGGAUUGAUCGCUCCGCCAAUAGAGAAAUAGAAUAUAUUUUAGCACACGUGAGAUAAUAGGUGUGUUUUCGCUGAACUGGUGCAAUAAGUUGAACCGAGACAAGUAUAUGUUUUCUCACUUCAACUUAUUACAGUAGUUCAGCGGUGCAGCGAAAACGAACAGACCUCUAAUGGCUGUUGAAACGAUAACGGUGGCAGGUUAUAUUUACCGAAUGAUACAACCAUGAGCACCCGGAGAUGUUAUUUAUGUGAGAGAAAGGCUAACGCUACUGAAAAUAUCAGUUUACAUAGAUUUCCAAGGGAACAACAGCUUCGCUCAAAAUGGUUGAAUGCCUGUAACUUGUCCGAAACUGAUGAUGUCUCGAAGGUGUACAUUUGUUCAUGCCACUUCAAGGAUGAAAACUACAGACAAAAAAUAGCACUGGGAAAGUAUGUUGGAAACUGGCUACUUCCAGGAGCAGUGCCUUCGGUGAUAAAUGCCCGAAAAAUGGUGCACAUCAACGAUAAAGUUGUCCAAUGUCUGGACAUAUUCAUCGAGGAUUCGGAGGAUAUAUCGCCUGAAAGAGAGACGAUCAGUGAUGAUAUGAACAACGAGCCUGCUACAAUUGUAAAUGUAAAAACGAAGUGUCAUCAACCAUCUACAUUGUUGAAGGAAACCACAGAGCCAAAGAAUAAUGAGAAUAAAUUAUAUGUAUCACCAGGAGAAAAUAAGAACGACGAUGAAAUUCCUGAUGAUGAUGCUGGAGGUCUAGAAGAAGAAUGUGUAUGCACCCCAAAAAAACGUAGAGUUGCAGAACCACGCUUUGUUUCGGAAAUUUGUGUUUCUGACGUCGCAACUCCCAAGAAAGCUAAACGGGUAAUUGCACUUGUGAAGCAGAACGAUGCCAAACAACGGAAGAAAAUUAAUGCACUCCAUCGCCAAAAGCGGGACUUGCUGAAGCGUAUCACUUAUCUACGAAGCAUGGUGAAGCAUUUACAACAACGAGGAUUAAUGUCUGAAAGUGCUGGAGAAUGUGUGAAGAUUAUGGCUAGACAGAAAAGACGACGUAGAACGGUGCGUGACAAUGAAUUUGAAAGUAGUGACAGUGACUGUCACAAAGUCAACAAGAAGAAGAUUUCCCACAAACAAUUUAAAGAAGAACUUUUGCUUGGACUUGUUGGGGACUUGCGUGUCACAACAAAAACAGGACGACCAUCAUCCAACGACAAGGAACAGCGAUUGGAUGGAACCUUACAUAUAAUUACACUGCAUCCGCAGCGUAAACACAAAGAUUGCACAGUAUGUUCAAACCGAAAUAUUCCUGGUGGCAGAAAAGAGACUACAUAUAUAUGCGAAACCUGCGACAGAAAACCGGGAUUGCAUGUCGGAGAAUGUUUUAAACGCUAUCAUACCAUGUAAACGGUACCAAGCGGAUGAGCGAUUGGCGAAAUCUGUGCGGACCGGCUGGGACGAAAUUGCGAAUACAGCGCGGACCGCAACGGGUUAAAGAUGCCAACCUAAAUGAAGUAACUGUUAAGGAGUUUCUUUCGUCGCUUCACACAGCCGAAUGAGGACAAAGACAAGAAAUUAUACAACAGUACUUAGCCAUGAACAAUUACGGCCGCGCUACGGGCCAUUAGCUUGACCAAUUCACCAGCUGCCUGGGCGCGUCGCAGGUCCACGGCUACGACGACGAGCUGACGCGCGACCUGCGCUCCAGGAACACGCUGGAAAGCUCGAUCAACUGCUUCGUGGCCGGCGACAUCCGUGCGGACAAGCAGGUCGGCCUGUUGGCCAUGCACACUUUAUCCGUGCAAUAUGAACGUCCAAGUCGAACGGUAUUCUGGAGGAUCAGUUUCCGGGGGCGGAGGGGGCUCAUUGUUCCGAUGCCUGCUACUGGAGCAGUUCCAGCGCCAUCCGAGACGGGUCCUGGUACGAAAACUCUAGCGUGUUCCGAGCCGAGCAGUUCGCGCUAAUCCAGCAGGCCUCGCUCGCGCGCAACCUGACGUGUUGCCGACGGGCAGUAAUGCCUACGUCGGCUGCGACGAGAUUCCUCGUGUGGACUUGAGCAUGCGACAACUGCCAGGGCAGCGGCACCGCCAUCCUCCGAGUGUGCAGAGCGGCCGAGAAGUAGCUGGUUCCCGCGAACGGCGUGAGAAACAUGAUGGAUUCGUUGGCUUCUCGCGACGAGAAAAUGGAGCAGGAUGUUCGAGGAAAGCGAUCGGGAAACUAAGAGGCUGAGAGGGUAACUCGAAGACUUGGUGCGCACGGUGGACGAUUACUAGAAGACGUUAAAAUACGACGAUAGAGGAGCGAAUUACGUGCCGUGUUUGAAUUGUCCCGCCGGCCGCCCUCGCUCGCUUUCUUGUCCUCCCUGCAAUACCUUAUGUUCCUUUCGUGCGUUUAUAAAUAGCAACUCCCGCAAGAAUAAUGUGAAGCAGCUAAACGUUUCAUUUUCCCUAGAAAUAGCUCAGUUGUUACCAAGUUGCAACCGCUCACAACUCGACAUGCGGAAUCAUGCGUGUUGCAGCGAAGCUUACGCAAGUUCUUAUUAUUAAUUUCUACGGCGAGUCUGUAGUAAAGAUACACGUUAAAAUACAU